UCAGGUGCUGGAAGAACACUCUGUUGUCUUUAUUACUUUUCCAUCUAUAUUCAGCCUACACUAAAUAGCGAUGUGCCAGGAUCAAUGGGGGGAGUCUAAAGAACUCCCGCCAGCGUUAGAAAGUCAAAAGUCUUCCAUGCCUAGAUUCACUCCACACUUCUUUGUUGAUUCACUUCUCUCUACAUCAGCUCUAAUUUGUUCUCGAGGAUAGGCCAUAGUUCUCGAUCUCUGAAAUUAUCAAUCCAGAAUUGUUCAUUUGCCGCUGUUCAGUCUUCCUGGAUUAUCCAAAGCAAAGAUGAAGAACAGAGGCAAAUCAAUCGUAGGUCGAUGGCAGACCCUAGGGUUGCCCCUCGUUUUCCUCUUAUGCCUCUUCUUCUUCCUCGCAGGCUUCUUCGGCUCUUCCCUCUUUUUUCGCCAGGAUGAAGGAAUUAUACGGCCUGUGCCUAGGAUGCUGGAGUCGAUGGAUGGUUAUGAUCCGCAGCCGCACGGCGAGACUGGAGAGGAUUCCCUGACUAUCAUCCCAUAUCAGGUAUUAAGCUGGUAUCCUCGUGCAUUAUACUUUCCCAAUUUUGCAACUGCAGAGCAAUGUGAAAGCAUAAUUAAAAUGGCCAAGGCAAACCUUCAACCUUCAUCUUUAGCUUUUCGUAAGGGAGAGACCUCUGAAAACACCAAAGGAAUAAGAACAAGUUCUGGCAUGUUUAUAAGUGCUUCUGAAGACAAGACUGGAACUUUGGAUCUCAUUGAGGAGAAAAUCGCUAGGGCGACCAUGAUCCCCAGGUCUCAUGGAGAGUCGUUUAAUGUUCUGCGGUAUGAAAUUGAACAAAGCUAUCACUCUCAUUAUGAUGCAUUCAACCCAGCUGAGUAUGGCCCACAGAAGAGCCAAAGGGUUGCUUCAUUCUUGUUGUACCUAUCUAAUGUUGAAGAAGGUGGAGAAACGAUGUUUCCGUUUGAGCAUGGGCAGAAUAUGGAUAGUAAUUAUGAUUUCCGCGAGUGUUUAGGCUUAAAAGUAAAGCCCCGCAAAGGAGAUGGACUUCUAUUCUACUCACUGUUAGAAAAUGGUACAAUUGAUGCCACCUCGCUUCAUGGGAGCUGUCCAGUGAUCAAAGGAGAAAAAUGGGUGGCAACGAAGUGGAUACGGGAUCAAGAACAAGAUGAUGAAUAAUAUGUCUAUUCUACCCUCCUCAAUCCAAUUACUCCGCGUAAUUUCAAUACUUUAUCCUUUGUGAUUUGCAAUCAGUAGAAAUGUAUAACACUGUAUUAUAGUCGACAAAUAGGCCUUUUUUUUAUUUGUCAUACACUUAUACUGUAGCACUAUUUUGGAGGAUAACUCUAUUACUACCUCCAUCCCAUUCAAAGGUUCCAAACCACUAUUCACGUGAUCAACUUAAACCAUUC